AACGACAUGUCCAUGUGAUGUGUGUAGACAGUAGGUCGACGGUAUGGAGCGGUUUGUCUGUUUGUACGUAUAACACUGGCAUUCUCCGGGAUACGUGUCGAAAAUAUUAUCCUUUUCUCUCGUAAGGCGGAUUUCAAACGUCUGUGCUAAUGUAGCGUUAGCAUUUCCCGAACUCAUCCGGACUGCAGUCAGUAAUCCUAUAAAUUCACCUGUAACGUACAUUUCCUCCGACCACCCCAGGAUGCUGACAGUCACUUGGGUGGGGCUGACGCGGAUGACAGUAGACGGGAGCGGAGCUCAGGGAUAAAAGCAAACCGCAUAGGAUCAUUUUAAAGCACCGGGGGCGGCUGGUCGGUGAAGCCAUGACCAAGCCUGAGUCGAAGAAAAGCGGCGUGGCCGUGAUUAACGCAACCGGCAAGUGCGCCACAGCCGGAACCGCCUCCGAGCAGGUCAACAACGGCUCAGUGGAUCCCGGGUGUCCGGAUCCGAGCACAACCACUAAAGCCAAGGUGAUGAAGCAGACCUCCAGGGAGAGUCUGCACCGGAGAAACACGGAGUGCGAAGUCUAUGACGACGGGACCAACACCUUUUUCUGGCGAGCCCAUACUGUGACAGUGCUGUUCAUUCUGACCUGUGCUCUGGUCUACGUCACGUUGUUGGAAGAGACUCCUCAAGACACGGCUUACAACACCAAGAGGGGGAUUGUGGCCAGCAUCCUGGUGUUCCUCUGUUUUGGAGUGACACAAGCCAAAGAUGGACCCUUCACCAGACCGCAUCCAGCUUACUGGCGGUUCUGGCUUUGUGUCACUGUUGUCUACGAACUGUUCCUUAUCUUCAUCUUAUUUCAGACGGUGCAUGAUGGACGACAGUUCAUGAAGUACAUUGACCCCAAAUUGGGUGUACCCCUUCCUGAGCGCGACUAUGGAGGAAACUGCCUCAUGUAUGACCCAGGCAACACUACGGACCCCUUCCACAACAUCUGGGACAAGAUGGAUGGCUUUGUUCCUGCUCACUUCCUAGGAUGGUAUAUAAAGACUCUGAUGAUUCGGGAUUGGUGGAUGUGUAUGAUAAUCAGUGUCAUGUUUGAGUUCCUGGAAUACAGCCUGGAGCACCAGUUACCGAACUUCUCAGAGUGUUGGUGGGACCACUGGAUCAUGGAUGUGCUGGUGUGCAACGGUUUGGGGAUUUACUGUGGAAUGAAGACCCUGGCUUGGUUGUCGAUGAAGCCGUACCAGUGGCAGGGCCUCUGGAACAUUCCUACAUACAAGGGGAAGAUAAAACGUAUAGCCUUCCAGUUCACACCAUACAGCUGGGUGAAGUUUGAGUGGAAGCCUGCUUCAAACCUUCGUCGCUGGCUUGCUGUGUUAGGCAUCAUCUUUAUGUUCCUCUUGGCGGAGCUGAACACCUUCUACCUGAAGUUCGUAUUGUGGAUGCCUCCUGAACACUACCUGGUGCUGCUCCGCCUCGUCUUCUUUGUCAACGUGGGAGGCGUGGCCAUGAGGGAGAUCUAUGACUUCAUGGAUGACCCGAAGUUCCACAAGAAGCUCGGCCAACAGGCGUGGCUGGUGGCAGCAAUCACAGUGACUGAGUUCCUCAUAGUGGUCAAGUACGACCCCAAAACCAUUAUGCUGCCCAUCCCCUUCUUCGUCAUGCAGUGCUGGUUUUUAGGAAUCUUCCUCAUACUCAUCUGGACCCUAUGGAGGUUUUUCAUUCGUGACAUCACACUCCGCUACAAAGAAACGCGUCGGCGCAAACAGGAAGUCCCCGCCGACUGGGACCGGCCUUUGGGCAACGGCAGCACAGGCACCCCAUCCGGGCGGAGCAAACUGAACGGCAGCUCUGAGACGCUGCGACAGAGGAGGUCCUGAGAGGAAAUCACGCCUUUGGCAGCAAGUGGAGGGGAAAGGACAAGGUUUGAUGGGAGAAAAAAAAAACAAACAAACUGAGAAACAUGAAGGAGAGUCGUGUCACAGAGACGUACCGAGGCAACCAGAUGGACACACAUGUGCCGUGUAGACUGUUCUUGUGCCUAAAUGAACCAAGUAGUCGUUCAACAGAGGCAAGGGGUCGAAGGGGCAAGUUUCAUUUGGUGCAUUGGAUUUACCUCAUUCUAUUUUUUAAGAACAUUUGGGGAAUUAUACACAGGAAAUGAUACAUUUUUUGUGUUAUUAGUGCAUUGUUUCGAAUGUUGGGCAAAGAAGAGGGAAACUGGUGGACGGAGGGAUGUAGUUGACCAAUAAUCACAGCUGUUUUCUCAGCUGCACGUUGUCUUAAAAAACACACAAUAGACGAGCAUCAGGAACAUGUUCUCCCCUGUAAAUACGCUUUGCUCCGUGUUGUGCAGUCACAUCAGUGCAGGUUAGAGUAGGAGAAGUGUUUGGGGCAGUAACGAGUGUCUGUAGGUGUAAUGACUGAGUUGCAUUAGGUUUUUCAUCCACUGCUAUGCAAUCUUUAGUAUCAACCUGGGAGUAUGGCCACAUUAUUGCCAAGCGGCUGUUAAAAUUAAGCUCGUUUAACAAUAAUGACACAUUUCUGUUCGGUUCCGUUCAAAUGACAGGCAUUUCUGAUUCCCACGCUGUUUUGACAGUUUAAAUGCGUGCAGUCCCAGGUACAUGAUCCAUUGUUUACAUGUGGGAGACAAUUUGGGCUUUUCAUUUACAGUUCAGGGUUCAUUCCUAGAAGCCUCGCUAUGAUCCUCCCUCAGUCAGACACAGAGAGGACAACUGGCCAAAGCCUUUCUCUUCUCUCAGGCUUUGUUCUCGAAAAGAACGAUGAGUUUGUUAUGAAAAAAAAUGAAAAGGAAAAAAAAAAGUCAAGAUGUACCAUAUUCUAGUUAUUUAACUGGUGAUAUUAUACAUGAUGUAUGGGAUAUAGUUUGGGUGUUUUUGUAGAUGUUUUGUUAUCACUAUUGUUAUUUCUUUAAGGUUAAUCGAUUGUGAACACUAGAUUAUGCUCAAGUUAGUUUUUGUGAAAUGAGACGCUGAGCGCUCUGAGGAACACAUCCACGACAAUCACACUGACAGGAAGCUGUGCUCAGUUUUCCUCUGGUGGAGAUAUGCUGGCUCACAGUAAGAAAAAAAAGAAGGCAGAGAUCUGGAUGUUCCUUCACUGUAACAGCUUUAUAAUUACAGCUGUUAUUCAGUCACAUCAGAACGUGAAUUUAAUAUUUCCUUUUAUGCCAAAUCUUUCUUCAUUUGAAAUUUCGUUAAAAUGUCGCAGCGCGUGUCGACUGAACUCGCUGAAACAAAAUGAGGGCCGACUUCGCGGUCAGAGGACAGAAUUGAAGGUUUUGGUUUGGAGACGAAACCUCUCGAGCUCUGCGGGGUUGCCAUAUUGCACAUGCAAUCAGCCAAAGCUUAGAUCUCAUUCCUGCUAAAGCCAUAAACACCACCCAGAACUGCUUGAGCCUCUAAAACUGCUGUCAAGCUUCAUUUUUUGUAUCUUUUUAAUUUAAGCUGAGGUUCAGAGCCAUCAGGGAAAGUCAUGACUGUGUAGGAUUUUUAUGUUGGAAAAGAUUACCUGGACAUCUGAUCACUGAAACCAAAUUCACCAGAAUAAUGACAAUAUGCUAUCUAUAUAUUUAAAACUGUCUUAGUUUCUUUGUCACUGUGUGUAACGAAAUUGCUAAAUGUAAAGCUGCCAUGAUUAGUCAGCAGAUAUUUAAUUAGCAUGAUUCAGUUUCUAAACUGUAAAUCUUUGUAUUUAGGACCGUUGGGUGAACACAAGAAGAAAUUCCAAGAUUACACAUUAUAAGCUUACACUCGGCAUGUGUACUGUUGUUAUAAUAAUUAUCAGAUUAAUCUAAGAAUAAAAAUAAUCAUUAUUUGCUGCCCAUUUAAAUGCAAAACCGGCUUCACAUUGACAUUGGUCGAUGUCCACACUGUUACCAAAAAACCUUUUAGUGUUUGUCCUGUGGCUCAGUUGUAAAUUUCUGUGUUACUCGUCGUGCCCCGGUGACUCUGUAUUAAAUAGUUGAUGGCAAAAUACACGACAUCUGAGAAUCUAGCUUCAAAUUUUCCUGUUGUAAACUAGGCUGAUGUUUAAUGACGCUAUAGUGAACUUCUUGUGAAUGUAAUCCAAUAGAAUCUGCAGCUCCAACCAGAGGGAUCGGCCACCUGCGAUUUUCAUUUAGCCACAAACACUAAACUGAAGUUUGUUAUUCGUGCAAAUCCAGCUGUUCUCAUGUUUCAACCUCUUUUUUUUCUUUUAAUACAGUGAUUGCUGUGCAAAUUUGAAACCCUAAAAAUGUUUAGCAGAUAUGUCACAGUUUGUUCUUGUUGCCUGUGCUGUGCUAAUUCAGUCACUUGAGGACUUUGCUUUUUUUUCUCCUCCUUUCUUAAAUGAGAGCUUUGUAGACGUAGGCUGGGGAUCCACUGUGUACCUGUGGGCAUGCCUCCGGUCGGGCAACAAGCUUUUUGUUUGAAUUAACUGAAAGCUUAAACCAACCCAAGGCAUGUAUUUGCACAUCAGCUCUGAUAUCUCAAGAUGGAGAAUUCCAAAAUCAACUUGUAAAUGGAACCAAAUGGGAAUUGGUAAAAAAAAAAAAACAAAACAAAACAACAGGACCUUUUCCUUUAGCGCGUUUGAGGGUUCAGUUUAGUUUCACGUGCAGCCACAUGGGGGCGGUAGAUGUUUGGUUAUCUCUGCAGUCAUGCAUCCUCGAUCAUGAUGACUUGCUGUAAAUGCCAUCUUCAACUUGGUUUGUGUAAAUGUGAAAAUGUUAAAGAUCAGAAAAACUGAAAUAUGCUGCUGCACCACAUAAUUUUAUAAAGUUUUCAAUAAAAUAAACCGAAAACCUGG